GAUAAGAAAAAACGAACGCACGCACGCACUCCCAUAUGUUUUUAGACUUUUGUUGCUUUGUUUUUUUUAAUGUUGUAGAAGGCAAAUUGUUGAAUUUUAAAGAAACAGAUCCACCAAAAAUCAGCUAAAAUUUAGACCAAAAAGAAUGAGUUCGUCAAGGAGUGUAAGGAAGUUGGAAGUGGUAUCACCAGUGCCGGCAGACAUAGAUAUUGCAAACUCUGUUGAACCAUUUCAUAUUUCUGAGAUUGCUAAGGACCUUAACCUCAGUCCCAACCAUUAUGAUCUUUAUGGCAAAUACAAAGCCAAGGUGUUGUUAUCUGUACUCGAUGAGCUUGAAUCCUCCGACAAUGGAUACUAUGUCGUGGUUGGAGGGAUUACUCCAACUCCUCUUGGAGAAGGCAAGUCCACUACUACAGUUGGUUUGUGUCAAGCUUUGGGUGCUUAUCUUGAUAGAAAGGUCGUUACGUGUCUUCGCCAACCAUCACAAGGACCAACUUUUGGAAUAAAAGGGGGUGCAGCUGGUGGAGGCUACAGUCAGGUGAUCCCGAUGGAUGAGUUCAAUCUUCAUCUAACAGGCGAUAUUCAUGCAAUAACGGCUGCAAACAAUCUACUUGCUGCUGCCAUUGAUACUAGGAUCUUUCAUGAGUCUACCCAAUCAGACAAGGCUCUUUUUAAUCGUUUAUGUCCACCAAAUAAAGAAGGAAAAAGGAAAUUCAGUGAUAUCAUGUUUAGACGAUUAAAGAAGCUUGAUAUCACCAAAACUCAACCUGAGGACCUUACACCUGAAGAAGUUAAGAAAUUUGCUAGGCUUGAUAUUGACCCGAAUUCUAUUACAUGGAGAAGAGUGAUGGAUGUUAAUGAUCGGUUCUUGAGGAAAAUCACCGUUGGCCAGGGCCCGGAAGAGAAAGGGAUGGUGAGGGAAACUGGAUUUGAUAUUUCAGUUGCUAGUGAAAUAAUGGCUGUUUUAGCCCUGACUACGUCUCUCACUGAUAUGAGAGAGAGGCUAGGAAAAAUGGUGAUCGGAAAUAGCAAGGCUGGUGAACCUAUAACUGCUGAUGAUCUUGGUGUUGGAGGUGCUUUAACAGUUCUCAUGAAGGAUGCCAUUAACCCUACUCUGAUGCAGACCCUUGAGGGAACCCCUGUUCUUGUUCAUGCUGGUCCAUUUGCAAACAUUGCUCAUGGUAAUUCAUCUAUUGUGGCUGAUAAGAUUGCACUGAAGCUGGUUGGACCACAAGGGUUUGUGGUCACGGAAGCAGGUUUUGGUGCUGAUAUUGGAACAGAAAAGUUCAUGAAUAUCAAGUGUAGAUACAGUGAUCUAAGGCCUCAGUGUGCUGUUAUCGUGGCAACAAUAAGGGCCUUGAAAAUGCAUGGUGGUGGCCCGGAAGUUGUUGCAGGGAAGCCUCUCGACCAUGCCUACCUAAAUGAGAAUGUUCCGUUGGUUGAAGCUGGUUGUGUGAAUUUGGCUAGGCAUAUUAUAAACACAAAGGCCUAUGGUGUGAAUGUUGUUGUUGCUGUGAACAAAUUCUCAACUGACACUGAAGCAGAAAUGAAUGCUGUUAUGAAUGCAGCUAUGGCUGCCGGGGCAUUUAAUGCUGUAAUUUGUACUCACCAUGCUCAUGGUGGUAAAGGAGCGGUCGACCUUGGAGUUGCAGUUCAAAGGGCUUGCGCGAGUGGGAAUCAGCAACUCAAAUACCUGUAUCCUUUGGAUAUUAGUAUUAAAGAGAAAAUAGAGGCAAUUGCUAAGUCAUACGGUGCCAGCGGCGUUGAAUACACCGAACAGGCUGAGAAACAGAUCGAGAUGUACACCAAACAAGGGUUUUCGGGUCUACCAAUCUGCAUGGCGAAAACUCAGUACUCAUUUUCACACAAUGCUGCUGAGAAGGGAGCACCAAGUGGAUUUAUCUUACCGAUAAGGGAUGUGCGAGCCAGCAUAGGAGCCGGGUUCAUUUAUCCUUUAGUGGGUACAAUGAGCACAAUGCCAGGGCUACCAACAAGGCCAUGCUUUUAUGAAAUCGAUCUUGACACUGCCACCGGAAAGGUCAUUGGUCUUUCAUGAAGGCAUAGCAGGUUUGGUUAGGUGAGGGCUUCUGGAGUGGGUGCAUGAAGCCAUUGACAGUUAUGGGUACUUGUGUUCCUUAACUUUUCCCAGUUCUUAAUUGUGUUAUUUUAAUGAUGAAGUUGAAUACUUGUGAAGAAUAAAAUCCUUUUUUAAUUUCCCUAA